AUGGCCCGAUUCAGUCUCUCAUUCAUCUCAAUUUUCCUCGUCCUUGCGGUCCUCACUCUGUCCAUGCCCACCAAGCGUGAUGAGCAACCCGCCAGUCAACCGUUCAGCCUCCAGGGUACUGUUAGCGGAUUGGUGCAUGCCACCAAGUUGAUGGAUGGUCUCGACAGCAAAGAAAAAGAGGACAAGAAGGCGGCCACGAAGGAGGAGGCCAAAAAGGAAGAGGCCAAGGCUUACGCGAAGAUGGAUGCGAAGAAAGCGGCUAGUGACAACCCUGCUCCUACCCUUACCACAAAGCUUUCCUCCGGCAAUUUCGUGACCCCAACUGCUACCGCCACCCACAAGCCCACAUCUGAGCCUAACGCCCUAGGAAGUCUUCCCCUUAUUGGUGGUCUUCUUGGUGGUGCUGGAGGUGGUCUCUGA